AGCAGCAGCGCGUGAAAAGUUCAACCUUUUCAUUUCUCGCUCUCAGGUGACGUUCGCAAGGAGCUCAGUUCAGAACCUGGCUUAGCAAGUGCAAUGGCAGGGCGGCCCGUGACGCAUACUUUGCUGACAACUUCGCCGACCUGCAGAUCGGGAGAGAACAGGACCGGGGGGACUAGGCGUGUGAUCUCCUACGUCAUUUAGGAACGUUUGUACUCACAAAUAUCGGGUAGAGUUUAAGGAAGUGGUGUCAGGAACGAAUCUUCAGCGGGACAUCUACUUUCGUGGAGAAGAUCGAGGGCGAAACCAGCCGAGCGCUGGUGUGGUAUGGACGCACGUAACAUACACCGCUCGUAAAGAACUGACUGAACGUAUGAUGAUCAGACAGAACUUGCAAAAUAACCUCCAGAUGUGUUAAAAGCAAAGAAAUAAACAAGGGAGGAACUGUUCAGGUGUGAAGCGGCCUAGCCAAGUGGAGCCCCAUGUGAGACAAGCACUCGCCUGAGUCAUGACAUUGUAACUAGCGUUCAGCAUCGUCAUAGUCGGUGUUUCAAGCAGGGCAGCCAGUCAGAACAACUAUUGCAGACCACGUGAGAACAGACAACCACCGACUCCCACCAAAACCAACGCUCGCAAAUAACGUCGAUCACGAAUUUUUAAUGUGAGCGUUUUAGGACGGAAGCCCUUGGACAGACAGAAGCAGAUAGCACCUUCAGUCUGGGCGAUUUCCCCCGAAAGGUCUAUCAAAGCAGGCGAUCGCUGAAGAGGUGUGCAGGACUGGCAACAGUAAGAAGCUCGGCAUCACGAGAAGCUGUUGCGGUUGAUGACGUGAGCAGCCUUGUGGAUAGGUCCCCUCCCAGCCCCAGUCCCCUGAAUCCGUGCAUUGUGGGAAGUAAGAGGCAAAUAAGAAAGGAACAACAGUUCACACAGUAGGAAUAGAAGAGCAAUACAACUCAGCGCGAUAUUGAUUGAGUGCGUGCUGUUCGUGUUUUGCCAGCUCAAGGAAAACGCGACAGUCACAGCUGCUGAAGACCGCGACUGAUCAGCGCAAAGAGCUCCAGCUUGGUGUGUAUAGCAGGCAACGAAGUGAAUCCAGUCUCUGGAUGACGUGACGCCGGUUCGGACAGAAAUGAACAAAGAAAGGAGCGACGACGACGUCGCCACCGCCACCAGAAACGGGCGCAACAUUAGCGGCGGCGACAACCACCUGGUUGGGAAUUCAUCUUCUCACAGACCUUCUCAAUACCAGGAGACAGGAUUCUCUUCGACGGAACCGAACGAUGUCGGUCCAGGUCAUUCGCCGACAACCGAGCGCCAAGCAGACGAUCACGCAACGCAUGCUGUGCCGCAUUGGCCCGCUCUCGAUAGGGAGGAUGCGACACCUGUUUCCCGCGAUGACGCAGCGUGGUCGAGGGGAGUCGGGAAAACGAAAGCUCAGUCUGACGUCAGGUACCCUCGGCUAGAGGAGCUUCGUGCAGAUUCUCUCGUGGUGGCACGAGAUCUUAGUGUCUCGCCAAACGACAUUCGCUGGCUGUCGACGGUCCAGACGCAAGCCACGCAACGCAAGGCUCCCGAGGACGGAAGGGAGGACGAUGCAGAGGCGAGAGACGGCACGAGAGACAGCAGGAAAGGUUUAGAAGGAUUAAAAGGCGCCGGUCCGCAAGGGCUGGAACCGGACAUCUCUGGAAACAUCCUGGACACGAGCGCCAUGCAGGGCGACAAGGUGGCGCCUGUGGACUUGACCAUGGGGCAGACGCACACUCCUUUCGUGAACCCCGGCGAUGAGAGCGGAGGCAGUGGGCGUCGCCCUCCCCGCGACCGCGGCGCCUUGUCGUGCUGCCUGUGCUUCCCCCUGCGCUACCUGGUCGUCGUUUUUGUCUUCCUGGGCAUGGUCAUCGUCAACGCCAUGCGCACCAACGUAGGUGUCACCGUGCUGACCAUCCUGGACAAGGAGAAUCUCAAAGUCGACAACGGAACUGGCCAGAACAGGGAGCUGCCUAGCGUAGACUGGAACACCUUCCAGAUAGGAAUCAUGCACAGCGUGUUCUACGUGGGCUACAUGAUCACAAACCUGCCAGGCGCCUACCUCACCACCAAACUGCCUUCACACAAGCUCUUCGGAAUCUGCAUACUCAUAUCCUGCCUCCUGAACCUGACGAUGCCUGUUGCCAUCGAGCUGGCCGGCUACGAGUUCACGCUGAUAGUGCGCCUUGUGCAGGGACUGAGCGAGGGAUUGUUGUACCCUUCUUGCUAUGGCAUCCUGCGGUUCUGGUCCACCCCUCUAGAGAGGGGACGCCUAGGAUCCUUCGUGUUUACAGGUGCAUAUAUGGGUCCGGUCGUCGGUUUCCCACUUGCUGGUGUCAUUACAGACUACUUGGGAUGGCCAUACAUCUACUAUUUCUUUGGUGGAAUAGGCGUGCUGUACGUAAUGGUGUGGCUGUGGAUCGCACAGGAAAAGCCUUCUCAUCACAGGAUGAUCACGGAAGACGAACUACGAUUUAUAGAGGAACUUCAGGGCAGUGACAAGCUGGACUAUGAGGGCGUGCCGAUUCCAUGGUGCAGCAUCAUGACGUCACUUCCUGUGCUGGCUCUCUGCUUGUGCCACUUCGCCCGCAACUGGGUGUUCAUCUUGAUGCUGACCAACGAGCCGUUUUACCUCAACCUCUUCCAUUUUACUAUUGCACAAAACGGCGCCUUCUCAGCACUGCCACAUUUGUUCAAAAUGGCGGCGUCCCUAGCCAGUGGGUGUAUUGCGGACUUUCUCAUCAGCAACAACAUAAUGAGCGUCACGCGCACCCGAAAGCUCCUCACGUCGGGGUUUGGCCUACAGGCGUUGUUUUUCGGGCUGUUGACUGUGACAACAAAAGGCUCUGUGGCCAUGGUCUUCCUCACAAUCGCGCUUGCUUCCGGCGGCAUGGUCGUCUCAGGCUGGCAGCUGAACCAUUACGACCUUUCCCCGCGACACGCCUCAGUUCUCGUCGGCAUAACAUCGACGGUAGGCAACAUCGCCGCCAUCGGCGCCCCAAUCAUUGCAGGCAUCCUCACGGAGAAUAAGGCAUUCUUGGGCUGGUGGCGAGUGUUCUACAUCACUUGCGGUGUGACGGGCUUCGCCUGCAUUUUCUUCCUCAUCUUCGGUUCAGGUGAGCGGCAAUCGUGGUCAGUGCCGUCCGACAGGGAGAACCUGGUGGUCAGAGAGGACAAGCGGCGCCGUAAGUCCCUCCGCACCGAGGAGGGCAACGCCAGCCACAGCUCCACCGUUUCCAUGACGUAUCGGCGGCUGGAGGAGGAGCAGGUGUCGGAAGCUGAUCACGUGAUAGCCAGCCCCAUGCCGGGCUACGGAUCCCAGGACGUCACUCUCCGGGAUGGCGACGGCCCCUUCAGCAGCCCGCCGGGGCCCUCGCACGGUAGUUGACGUCGCUUGUGAUGUAGUCUUGAUAAAGACAAUUUCGGGUCUGAACAGUAGAGAAUGUUUCGGUGCGGUCCUGGACGCUUUUCUGUUCUGGCAUUGCUGGCAUGAUUUUUGAGAUAUCUGUGAUGAAAAGAUACUUCAGCGGCAUAUCUGAGAUAAUGGGCAGAUUUGUUGUAGAGUUCUGUAACUUCCGACAUUCCAUUGUAACUGUGCUCAUGUUUGUGGCUUUAGUACGAUGUUACACGAAACGUCUGUGAUGAAAACGUGCUUGAGCUGCAUACUUAAAAUAAUAGCAGAUUAUUGUUACAGUUAGGUUCCGGUGAUGAUAACGCUAUAUAACUUCCAACGUUCCUUGUAAAACUUGGCACGCGUUACUGCUUUUACACGGAAACGCUUCAGAUAUUUCUGUAAAACUGUUAUUGGACUCCUAAGUAACUUCGGGUACAUUUUCGAGACAAAAAUACAUUAUGAAGCAGAGUACGGGUGGACGCCAUGCAGGUAUGGCGUCUUAAGAAAUACAGACUUGUUAUCCACUGUACAGAAGAGUAUGUAUGUGAUUAUAUAUUCUGCAUUUGGUUAGGUCACAAGCACAAUCUUUGCCUUCCAUCUCCUCGGAUUAAUAAUCAUAGUAGCAAGAUUGGAAAUGGUAGCAGUUGCCGAUGAUCGCAUGUCUAUAUAACUUGACUUUGUGUUGCUUGAAAUAAAUAAGAGCCCAGAGAAGUGAACAGCAGAAUACUGUUUCGGUAUCAAUAGUGAUUUGGUUGUCCAGGGAGGUUACUUAAAGCUGUCUAUAGCAUCUUAGAUGGUAACAUAAGAAUACGGUUUAGUGAAACAACAGUGUGGCAUAGAGGUAAAAAGAAGUGGGAGGGAACUUCAGUACUUUUCUUUUUGUAAUAGACACAGUCUGUAAGUAUGAGAUGUUCUGGUAAGAGAGCCACUGAUAUGUGGUUUACAGAAAGCUGGUUUGACUGCUUAAAACAUUUCUUUAAAAAACUUGUCUUUUUUAGGGAGAAAUGUACACAGUAUAGCUAGCUACGAAAAUUCACAUUCGUAACUAAAUCCGAUGGUCAUUAAGGACCAUUAUUGAGAACCAGGACUGGAAGAUCCUCAGCGGCGAGGUCUUGGCAUUUCUACUAUAACUGCUUUUGCUCUGCUACACUAUCUCACUUCUGUCAACCAACAGUUGAAUUGCUAGCAAUUAAUCGAAAACUAUGGUGAAGCAGCUGUGUUCGAUAUUGUGCCUUAAAUUCGUCUCCCACUUGCAAAUUUUUGUCUUUUCAGCCGCUUACUUUCCUGUUGAAAUUUUGAAAAUAUCAUGUUUUGUGAUUAUGUACUCGACUUUGAAACAGAGUAUAUAUUAUUAACAGUAUAAAUCUUUUAUUAAAAGGAAUAAAAGAAUCUUUCUGAAAUGGUUUAAA